AUGCUCCGCAGAGGCCUGGCGGCCGCACUGUCCCGCGCGUUGGCCCUGGACGCCGCCCGGCCCCUCUCCGCCCUCGCCCACACCCUCCCCUGUCCCUGCGGCGCCCAAACCCAGUCCCAAUCCCCGCGCACAAAUCCCCAAUGCCCGGAAUCGCCCCCAAAUGCCCAUGGCUCAAGCGAAUCGGCGAAAAACGGAAAAGAACGGCGAAAAGCCACAAAGCCGCUGAUUCCUGGGCCCAAUGAUGUCGUGAGGCCGGAGCCGGGCAGCGUGGAUCGGUACCACAGUCAUGUGCUAGUGAGGGUGCCGAUUGACGCGAGGAUUCGAUCGAAGGAGGGAAGGGGAUUUGGGAAAGGCGGGUGGGCGUGGCCGCCGGUGGUGGAGGCGCUGGCGCCGGUGACAGCGGCCUUCGUGGCGAUCGCAAGGUUCGGGCGCGAGGUGGCGGCGGGGAUCAAGGUAACCGCGUACGAGCCUGUGGAGGCGGAUGGUGUGGUACUGGAGCGGAAUGAGUGCGAGCUGAUCAUAUUUCCAGAAGCGAUCGAGUACCAGAAGCUUCCAAUCAGCCUGCUGAGAAAUGCCCUCACCGUGCACCUCUUCCCACCAAGCUCGCUAUCUGAACACGAGCACCUUAGUGCGCCCCUCCCCGAUGGCCGGCAACUCGAGGCAGUCCACAUCUUGGUAUGCUGCCAUGGCUCCAGGGACAGGCGUUGCGCCUCCAUGGGGCCACCCCUUGCACAGAAGCUGCACGACUUGGUGGUGGAGAAUGAGUGGGAGAAGAGGAUUCGCGUUCUAAGGGUAUCGCACGUGGGAGGUUCUCAGGUUGCUUUGCACAAGUCUUGUUGA